AUGGAAAGGAAUGAUGUCAUCGACUUUAUGGCUUUGGAGAAAGAGCUGCAGGCUGCAAUCACUGCUGAUGAGAAAUACAAACGUGAGAAUGCUGCCAAGCUACGGGCAGUGGAACAGAGGGUGGCUUCCUAUGAGGAGUUCAGGGGUAUUGUCCUUGCAUCACAUCUGAAGCCACUGGAACGAAAGGAUAAGAUGGGAGGAAAGAGAACCACACCCUGG